AUGUAUGGUUCCAAAGUCCAUGAUGCAACAUAUUGGCAACCCCAUAGUCAACCACAGACAAUCAUGGGGCUUUUAUAGGCAAUCAUAGGCAAUCAUAGGCCGGUAUAAACAAUCCCAUAGGUUGGGGUAGUCCCAUCUCUCCACUAUGCACCAACAUGAUAUGAUAGACUCCGUUAUAAUAGCACCGUAAACUCCGCUUUUGGGCGAGUCGGAGCCAGUCAGAGCCAAUCAUGCCAGAUAAGAGCCAGAAGUGGCAGCUUAAGCUCAAUAUUCCCAGCUCACAUCAGACGUCGUAAAUGACUUGCUGCCAGCCGAUUUUCACUUGCUUCCGGAUGCCCGUCAUUGCCAGUCCACCACAGCUGUAAAGUAGAGCGACAAACCGCACGAUUCUAGAAAUAGAGCCGAAUUGUGCUGUAAGGACAAGUGCUUUAUACCCUCUUACAUCUCCUCCAGUACAUGCACAUACAUGUCCAGUUACAUACAAUCCAUAGAGUAAAGUACAUGCAAGCCAUAAUACUCUCUGUACACAGCCAAACCAAAACAUACAGCCAACCAGCACGAGCCAACCCAAACCCUCCCACCUCCCACACAUCUCGUCACCUCACCACCCCACUUCAACAUCCCUCCUCUCUCUUACGCUUCUACCCUCCCCACGCUUCUACGACUUCAAAACACUACAGCCUCCUCUCCUCUCUCUCCCGCCUCAAUCCAAUACAGAAUUGACCUGGAUAUCCUUCUUCUACGACCCGACCCUUUCCUUUUCUUCACCGCUGUUACUCUAUCGAAAACGCUACCCGGAGCUCGCAUCCAGACCCGAAACGACACCACAGCGUCAUUGCUGUUCAGCAUCAUUAUCACCCAAUUUAUUCCUAACACUGGCUGAACCUCGAUAUUCAAUAUCCAACAAUAGCGAUCAAAUUCACCCAAUUGAUUACUCCAGGCUGCGCAGUCCACACUGGGACUGAACUGGCCAAACCCGCUUCAUACGUAUUGGCGUAAACGUCUGUCUGCGACACAUUGGUCUCAGCGAUCGGCAAACAACUACUGUUGACGGCCAUUAUCUGCUCCCAAAUUCAACGCCAGAUUGGCAACUUCGUGCCUUGCUCAGGAAAUCUCACUACUCUAUGCCGGCACUCGGCUUCCUCAAAAAGAUUCGGACGAAGGACGCGCCUGGACCCGACGGUGCGGCUACGAAUGCGAACGACGCGGUAGAGCAGUCCACAACACCCGCUGCAGGCCAUAACUUCACCAAAACUGGCACAGCUGGGCAGGAACCGCAAGGCCAGAAGCCCCAGGAAAUCCCAGUAACUGCAACUAAAGCGAACCAGACGACCGCCAACGGAGUCCCGAUGACGCCAGGGACGGACUACCAACAGUAUGCGCCUUCACCUCAAACUCAGCCACAGGAAGAGAAGAAGCAUUACCUACCUCACAUCCACAACUUAAUACAUCCCAACCAAAAUGAAAACACUGGCCAGACAAUGACAAACCAGGCUGCCCCAGCAGGAGCGGUAGCGCAGCAGCAAGCCAGAAGUACCAAGGGCAAGUACAGCUUGACGGAUUUCGAUCUCCGGCGAACUCUUGGUACCGGAAGUUUUGGGCGUGUUCAUCUCGUGCAAUCAAAACAUAAUCAAAGGUAUUAUGCUGUUAAAGUAUUGAAGAAGGCCCAGGUGGUCAAGAUGAAGCAGGUUGAGCAUACCAAUGAUGAGCGCCUGAUGCUCCAGGAAGUCAAGCAUCCAUUUUUGAUAACGCUGUGGGGAACAUUCCAAGACUCCAAGAAUAUCUACAUGGUCAUGGACUUCGUCGAAGGUGGUGAACUGUUUUCGCUCCUCAGAAAGUCGCAGAGGUUUCCCAACCCCGUGGCUAAGUUUUAUGCUGCCGAAGUUACUCUCGCCCUGGAAUACUUGCACUCAAAGGACAUCAUUUACCGAGACUUGAAGCCCGAAAAUUUACUUCUGGAUCGCCAUGGACAUCUCAAGAUCACUGAUUUUGGAUUUGCGAAGAGAGUACCAGAUAUCACGUGGACUCUUUGUGGGACACCUGACUACUUGGCUCCAGAAGUGGUUUCCAGCAAAGGAUACAACAAAUCUGUCGACUGGUGGUCUCUUGGGAUCCUGAUUUUCGAAAUGCUUUGUGGAUAUACUCCAUUCUGGGACGGUGGCUCUCCGAUGAAGAUCUACGAGAAUAUUCUUAAGGGGAAAGUGAAGUAUCCUCCGUACAUCCAGCCACCGGCCCAGGACUUGCUGCAACAGCUGAUCACCGCUGAUCUGACAAAACGGCUGGGAAAUUUGCACGGCGGUGCUGAGGAUGUGAAGAGACAUGCAUGGUUUGCCGAAGUCACAUGGGACAGGCUCGCAAAGAAGGACAUUGAUGCACCAUAUGUCCCACCUGUCAAGGCUGGUGUUGGUGAUGCCAGUCAGUUUGACAAGUACCCAGAGGAAACCGAGCAAUACGGAGCCGGAGGACCGGAUGAACAUGGCCAUUUAUUCACAGACUUCUAAACUCUCAAAGCUCACCGAUGCGCUAGAGGAGUACAUUUAUCCGAUUAAAGAACAUUUUUUAUUCACGGGAAGGAUAGAUUCUUGAUGCACACCAACCAGUUUCCUCAUGGUUGGGAAUGCACGAAGCACAUAUGAUACGAUGAAUGGAUGAAUGCGAUGUGAGGGGCAUGUUGCAUGUCAUGAAAACUGGGAAUGAACCAUUAUUACCGUUGCACUAUAGCGUUAUUCCAAGCUAUCAUAACCUACGCCAGGCUUGCGAAUACUGCAUGUCAUUUUUGGGUAGUUAGACGGGCAUUGGGAAGGUUGGUUCGGGGGUGGGCAGCAAACUUACCAUCAAAUAUGAAAUGUGUUAUCAUUUUCAUCUCUUGCUAUACUUGGGACGGAAUCACAGCACGGAUCGAUUGGGCAGCAGACUUAGCAUUCAAUAUGAAAUGGGU